AUGAAAUCCAUUUUUUUUAAGAGUAUUAACGAAAAUCAAGAGCACAGUCUCUUCGACAAUGAAAAUUUAACCCCAUCGAUUUAUUUAUCAGGUGAGGGACAUGGUAGUGCAAUAAAUGAACUCCGUAAUAAUAGUUCAAUUACAAGAAGAAACUCCAGAAAUAAUUAUAAAUCUUAUGAUUCCCGAUAUCAGAUGUCAGUUCCAAAAUGUAACACCAGUAUAGGAUCAGUGACUACAAUAAAGGAUGUCACAACAAAUUAUAAUAACCAAGGCUUAGUCAGAAAGACAGAAAUUGGGAAAAGAUUGCCCUCUUCAAGUCAUUUUAUAUCAUUACCAACCAAAAAAGAAAAUGAUUUUGAUUUUAGUAUUCAAAAUAAACAACUUCCUCUCCUUAUGGGUAAUAUUUUAGAUUUAAAAUCACAAAUGAAGCAAUUAAAAGCAAUGCCUUCUGUUGAUGGGCCAAUACGAGACGCUUCAAAUUAUAUGAUUCCACAAUCUGAAGGAACAAGUUCCCAUAAUAGCAUCCACUCCAGAGAAGUUCCAAAUUUUAAUUAUUUUAGUGAACUGUCCACUAAGCCUUAUAUAGUAAAUCCUGGCACUGGGCAUUAUUACAAUAUGAAUUCAGAUUAUCAAGACAAUAAUAGUGACUUUUUUUCUGAUACAAAUCGAAGAAUAGUAGAUUUUAAUGAUUUCUCAACCACACCAAGUAUUGGCUCACCCGAUAACUCAGUUCAGGAACACUCUCGUCAAAGAUCAUUUGUAAUAAAAUAUUUGAAAGAGAAAUUUAGAAGUAAUAAUUUGAGAAACAAUUCGGAUUAUUCACUGGCGUCAUCUGGAUCAAGAAGAAGAAGACAUAGACGUCAAUUAAGAAUAUAUACUCAUCGUAUGAAGAAAAAAAUCAAAUAUUCUAUCUCACAAAUGAGAAAAAAAAGAUGA